AGUAGUAUCGUCCCCCACUAAGUGUUCAAUAAAUCACUUUCAAAAUUUUUUAAAUUAAUUAAAUAAAUAUACAUAUACGAAUACUUUUUGUUAUGUAAAUUUGUAAAAUUAAAAAAUUAGAAAACGUUCACAAUGCAUAUGACAUAUACUAAUUAUAAGUUGACGAUAUAUGUAUAUAGAUAAUUAAUAAUGAAUACGAGGAAGCAAACAAAAAGCGUAUUCAAGUGUUUUAAUAAUAACACAUAAAUUGUUGAAAGCAAAUUAUCGAUAUGACGUCACCGUCUUUCUCUUUAAUUUGCAAUGUGGCUUAAGUUUGCAUGUCAACGAUUUAUAUAUAUAUCUCACAUAUAUUCAAAUAUUCGAUAUCUUGAAAACUUUUAUCCUGAAUUUCCUUUCUUUUUAUGUAAAUUAAGUGCUUAUAUUAAGUACAUAUGUAAAUGUGUCCGCAUAUAAUUAUAAAUAUCGACUUUUCGAAGUUAUAAAUAUCGAAUUUUUCUAAGUUAAUAUUUUUUUUUCAGAGUUUUCGACACUUUUCGAAAUUUAAAUUCUCAUCUAAUGCCGUAUUAAUAUACAAGAGUAAAAUUUUCGAAUUGUUAUGUAUCACUUAUGUUAUGUACUGUUCAAAGAAAAUACAUUAAUCAGCAUUGUUUUUUCUUGUUUAUCCCUUUAAACGUCUCUGUCUAAGUAUAAUUAAGUUUACGAACAAAAAACAAAAAGAAAAAAAAUCAUACGAUUGAUCUUAAUCUAACCUAUAAAAAAAAAAAAAAAGAAAAAGAAGGAAGGUUUUAAAGUUGAACAUUGGAUAAGUUUAUUUAAUUUGAAAGAUAAUUUUUAAAUAAUAUAAAAAGAAAUAACAUGUCGGACGAAAAAUCUACAACGCAAGAAUUUAAAUUGGAUCCCGACUGUGAACUACGUUUUGAAGUAGAAAGUAAAAAUGAGAAAGUAACAUUAGAGUUAAAAAAUGGAUUAGGUGAAGUAUUUGGGACAGAAUUAGUGAAAGGUAAAAAGUAUGAAUUUAGUGCCGGAGCCAAAGUAGCUGUCUUUACCUGGCAAGGAUGUACCGUUGAACUAGUUGGAAAAACGGAUGUCACCUACGUAGCCAAAGAAACGCCAAUGGGUUUAUAUCUAAACUGUCAUGCAGCUAUGGAAAGAAUGCGAGAGGCAGCAGAAAAAGGAGAUAGAAGAGGUCCCAUAACUAUGGUUGUAGGACCCUGUGAUGUAGGAAAAUCAACUCUUUGUAGACUUUUAUUAAAUUAUGCAGUUAGAAUGGGAAGAAGGCCAAUCUUUGUUGAUCUGGACGUUGGACAAGGUGAUAUAGCUAUACCUGGUACUGUAGGUGCUUUAUUGGUAGAGAGACCAUCUAAUGUAAUAGAAGAUUUUAGUCAACAAGCACCACUCGUUUUUCAUUUUGGACAUAAGACCCCGUCAGCUAAUGUUGCUCUGUACAAUCUUCUUGUAACUCGUUUGGCAGAAGUUUGUUCUGACCGACUUCAGGCAAACAAAAAGGCAAGAGUUUCAGGAAUUGUAAUAAACACUUGCGGUUGGGUAAAAGGAGAUGGAUAUAAAUUGCUGACACAUGCUGCGCAAGCAUUCGAAGUUGAUGCUAUUUUAGUGUUAGAUCAAGAAAGACUUUACAAUGAACUUGUUAGGGAUAUGCCGGAUUUUGUAAAAGUCGUUUUCCUACCAAAAAGUGGUGGUGUAGUUGAAAGAAGUCAAGCGCAAAGAACCGAAGCUAGGGAUCAAGGAGUACGUGCAUAUUUUUAUGGAUCAAGAACACCUUUGUAUCCUCAUAGCUUUGAAGUAAAAUGGAAUGAAGCAAGAUUAUAUAAAAUAGGAGCACCUGUUUUACCUGCAUCUUGUAUGCCAUUAGGAAUGAAAGCUGAAGAUAAUUUAACAAAAUUAGUUGCUGUCACGCCUGGUCCUAAUUUAUUACAUCAUCUGUUAUCCGUAUCUUUUGCGGAUUCUCCUGAAGAUGAUGUUGUACAAACUAAUGUUGCCGGAUUCGUUUGUGUCACUAAUGUCGACGUAGACAGACAAACUUUUACUGUACUUAGUCCCCAACCAAGACCACUGCCAAAUACCGUUCUAUUACUUUCAGAUAUACAAUUUAUGGAUAGCCACUGAUUUCUAUUAUUUUUAUUAUAAGAUCGUAUGAACAACAUUAAGUAAAUUGUAAUUUGAUAGACUGAUCUUAUGUUAAGAUUUAUCACUUUUUGUGUUUUUACUGUAUAAAUAAUAUAAUGUAUCUGUUAUUUUUAAGACGAAAAGAAAUUAUUUUCAUAAAACAACUAUACUCCUGUAUAAAAGGAUAAAAAACGUAAUUUUUAAUAAAUAGAUAGAAAAUGAA